AUGCUGGUCAACCCAGCGGUCCUCUUUGCGCUGGCCCUCGGGGCCAUCGCCGUCAGCGCAAACCCGGCCCCCGAGCCCCCUGCCAUCACCGCAGCACCCAAGGUAGGUGACCUGGAGAAACGAGCCACCACCUGCACCUUCUCCGGCUCCAACGGCGCCUCGUCGGCGAGCAAGUCGAAGACUUCUUGUUCAACGAUCAUCCUCUCCAGCGUGGCCGUCCCCUCAGGAACGACCCUCGACCUAACGGACUUGAAGGAUGGCACUCACGUUAUCUUCGAGGGCGAAACCACCUUCGGCUACGAAGAAUGGUCAGGUCCACUGGUCUCCGUAUCCGGCACGGACAUCACGGUGACCGGGGCGAGCGGAGCGUACCUCAACGGCGACGGCAGCCGGUGGUGGGACAGCGAGGGCUCCAACGGUGGCAAGACUAAGCCCAAGUUCUUCUACGCACACGACCUAACCGACUCGGUCAUCAGCGGCAUCUACAUCCAGAACUCGCCCGUCCAAGUAUUCAGCAUCGACAAUUCGAACUACCUGACCCUGGAGAACAUCACGAUCGACAACAGCGACGGCGACGAUGACGGCGCAGCCAAUACCGACGCCUUCGACAUCGGCGACAGCACCUACAUCACCAUCACAGGCGCGAACGUCUACAACCAGGACGACUGCGUGGCAGUCAACUCGGGCGAGAACAUCUACUUCUCCGGCGGCGUGUGCUCCGGCGGCCACGGCCUGUCAAUCGGCUCGGUGGGCGGCCGCAGCGACAACACAGUCAAGAACGUGACGUUCUACAACUCCGAGAUCAAGAACUCGCAGAACGGUGUCCGCAUCAAAACCAUCUACGGCGAUACCGGCUCCGUCUCCGAGGUGACCUACAAGGAGAUCACCCUGUCGGAGAUCACGAAGUACGGGAUCAUCGUGCAGCAGAACUACAACGAUACGUCCGAGUCGCCUUCCAACGGAGUCACGAUCUCCGACUUUGUGCUGGAUAAUGUGCAGGGCUCGGUCGAGAGUAGUGGGACCGAUAUCUAUAUCGCUUGCGGCUCGGGCAGUUGCACUGAUUGGACCUGGACGGACGUGAGCGUGUCGGGUGGCAAGACGAGCUCGUCGUGCACGAAUCUACCGAGUGGGAUUAGUUGCUAG